AUUUCCAGUUAAAGUUGCAUGUUUGCAGAGAUUCUUAAAUUUGCAUUGUUUUUAAAAGUUCUAUUAAAAGAUUGGAUUUCAUUAAGCUGAUUAACACUGAGUGCAGAAUGUUCAAAAAUAUUGUAAUUGUCGCUAAUGUUUAUUCCAACGGGAAAGUGAAUAAUGUUACAAAAGCGAAAUUAUUUUAUCUAAUCUACUUGUGACGUAUUAAACAGGUCACAGUUCAUAGUUAAAGCAUUUCGUCCUCCUUUGAAGAGUUUUCAGCAAAUAAUAAAUACUAUAUUCAAUAAUAAGCGCAUUUAGUAUUAUAAGUUUUUAAUUCAAUUUUAUCCACUUUAUCGAGAAAAUAUCUUUGAACUAAAUAUAUUUAUCGUUAAUGCAAACUGUUUAUACAAUUCUCAACUCUGUUAUCAAAUUUAUGUUGUUGACUAAGAAAAUAGAUGUGCACAUCUAAAUCCGAGAACUUGUCAAGAUGGCUAAGAUUUGUAUCUUAUUUGCGUUUCUGUCGUACCUAUUAUCGUCGUACCAUGGUACAUGGAGCAACUUUGUGUUCGGAAUACUUCACACAUGCAUUCGACCCUGAGACAGGCAAGAUAUAUGGUCGGAUCGAAAUCGUUUCUCCGCCAGAAAAUGACGAAUUUUAUUUAAAAGUAGCCUUAAACGCUACCGCUGAAUCGUUGAAUGGGGUAUUUAGAAUAGAAUUGGCACGACCGAUAAAAGACACCAUUCAAGUUAUUCGACAAGGCAGAUCUUUGGUGUAUCAUAUUAAUUUUCCCUCGGACCCAAAAUUGCCAACAUUAUCCGCGAUAUGGUUUAAUAAUCGACAAUAUUGUGUCGGCCCCGCAGGGGCUAGUGGAAGUAUCAUAGCCAAUAUUGAGGUGGGGCAUACUGUGUACCUUCCGAACGAAGAACCACUGCCUCAGGAUUUUCAGCCGUGGCAUCGAAAUUCGAGUGGCUACCGCAUAGACAAUCCGUACUACAAUAACAACGCCGAAUGCGGUGUUACCGGUUACUACACCGAUAGAACAAAUAAACUGAUCCCCGAUGGUGAGACCUCAUUACCAGGCCAGUGGCCGUGGGUAGUCGCAAUCUUCGUUAUUGAAAGAGGAUGGUAUCGAAGAACACAGAAGUUUCGAUGUGGUGGUUCACUUUUAACAAACAGACAUAUAUUAACAGCGGGGUACUGUAUGAAACUGCACGUAACUACCAGUAACGAAACAGUACCCAUCGACAUGUUGGAAGUGGUUCUGGGGCGAUUUAACUUGAACCCAUUGCGCGGAGAGAAAUCUGCCAAUCGGAAAGUUGCGAGCUACGUGAUUCACCCCGAUUUUGUUCACUAUCUCAAAGCUGAUUCCGAUCUCGCGGUUGUGACCCUCAAGAACGUCGUCGAGUUCACUCCUCUCAUCAGGCCUAUUUGCCUAUGGUCCGGUUCAAGUAAACUUGAAGACGUCGUUAGUAGGACGGGAUAUGUUGUAGGAUGGGCUAACGUUAUCUCUAAUCGUCGUGAUCUUGACGAUCAGCGGAUGGUGAGGGCGACGAUAGUGAGUCAAGAGACCUGUCUCUGGACGGAUUCUAGAUUCAUUUUCAUGAUAUCGGAUAACACCUUUUGCGCUGGUUCGCAAAAUGGACUGGGUCCUUGUCGCGGUGACGCUGGAAACGGGCUGAUACUUGUAAACAAUAUUACAAACAGUUAUGAGUUGCGUGGCGUUUUUUCGCGAUCUCUAAUGAAUGACACUUCGUUCUGCGGUUUACUGAAAUACUUCGUUUAUGUUGAUGUGGCCAAAUACAUACCCUGGAUUCAACAACAGAUUUCGAUAUAACGUUCGCAUUGCGUUGCAAAAUGCUGUAUAUGUUAAUCUAUAAGUUUCUUUGUGUAAAGUUCAAUGAAAACGCAGUACUUAUGUACAGUUACGCGUGAGAAUUAAACAGGUAUGAAUUCUGUUUUUGGUUAUUGAUGUCUCUUGUAAUGUGUCUCCAAUCUGUGUACAAAACGAUAUGAAUAAGCUGUUACACAUAUAACUAACUGUCAUAUUAGACUUCUUUAUAAUGAA